UCCUCCAUAUAGAGGCAAGUGAGAGAUAAUAAGCAACGUGUCUGUGAUUUACAGGAUCUAGGUUUUCUCUUUAUAGAAAUAUGGGUGAUAAUAUAGGGUCCAGUUCAGAAGGGUUCAAGUACAAUUUUUAUGCAGCUGAUGCUAGUAUUCCUGACUCAGUAGAGGAUCAUGGCUCCAUUAAGGAGCAAGAUCGGCUGCUACCGAUAGCGAAUGUCGGCCGGAUAAUGAAGCAGAUCCUUCCUCCGAAUGCGAAAAUCUCGAAAGAAGCUAAAGAAACCAUGCAAGAAUGUGUAUCAGAGUUCAUUAGCUUUGUUACAGGAGAAGCAUCUGAUAAAUGCCACAAGGAGAAGAGAAAAACGGUUAAUGGAGAUGAUAUUUGUUGGGCUUUGGGAAGUUUAGGUUUUGAUGAUUAUUCUGACUCGCUCAAGAGGUAUUUGCUUAAGUAUAGAGAAGCAGAAGGAGAGAGGGCUAAUCAGAAUAAGUCUUCAAACAGCGAAGCAAGGGAUUAAUAGCUCAAAACUUGAGGUGAAACCACAGUAGAAGAAACCUGCAGUCCACUCCCCCCACCCCCACCAACACCCAAUGUUAGUUUAAUGGAUAUUAGUAGAAAUAUGCAUAAACUAAUAGAGUAGGUUAUGGUAUGCGUGCUUACCCCUUGGUUGAACUUUGAUGCAAAAGUUGUACUGAGAUUUUUACUGUUCUUUACUUUUUUUUCUUGAUGGGUUUUGGGGAAGUAAUCUUGAACGGAUUUUCAGAUCUAUGCCUCUGAAAGUUGCCCGUUUUUCUUACAUAUUUAACUUUUGA